AUGAACGGACUGGGAAAUUCAGUAAUACUCUCAUUAACGCAUGACGAGGCAAUUUUCCAGUUUUUCCAGAUGGCUUGGGCAGACGUACGUGAAAUUGGAUGUGCAAUUGUUAAGUGUGACGACAUGAUAAAUCUUGUCUGCAGAUAUUACCCAGCUGGCAUCGAAUUUCAUCAACAAGUGUAUGACCCGAGAGAACCAUGCGAAUCAUGUCCUUGGGGAACAAGAUGUGAAGUAGAAACGGGACUUUGUGAGCAGCCGGAAGACAGCGCCAAAGGACUGUAUAUUCCAUCGAUUCUAUUAUUAAUCUUAACUUUGUUAUUGUAA